AGCACAGUGUGUCUCUCCCCACAGGCACCUCCCGCCUCACGCCUUGCUUCCUCCCGUCUCCCAGAGUCUACACACCUGCACUCUUGAGGCUGCUGGCGAGAGGAACUGCCGUCCCAAGCCCUCCACCAUGGCCGCCGCUCCGAAAGUUUGCGUCCGUCGCAUUAAGCUUAUCUGUCUCAUGGAGAACGCAGGCAAGGACGUCUUGACCUUCGUGUUGAAGCGCGGCGCGCUGAACGCCCCCGCCACGCCGCCGGGCCAGUCCCUCACUGACUACCUUGACAACCUCCCUCAAGGCUCGACAGCCAACUAUGGAAGGAUGAGUAAAAAACAAAAGAAAGCAGCAGUGAACCACACCGACCGCCGCCAAGCACAACGCUUCCCUUUAUGGGACAACUUUGAUUUGACUUUAUUGUACAAAGCAAUAAAGCUGACGUGCGAAGGCCUGGCGAGAGAUGGCGAUCCCGAAUGGGGGAACCAGAACACCCUGGAGGGAUUGGUAACGAAAAUCAAGGAUGAGCGGAAUGAACUCUUUCAUGAAGUGAAAUCUUUCAGCGAGGCAGAGUACCAGCACAAAGUCAGCGAGUUAGAACACCUCUUUAUCCGAGUCCUCGCCGCAGCCAAGACCAAAUACUGCAUUCCUGACGCAGAGGUGACACCCGUGCAGGACAACGCCCGGCAGGUCACUGAUACCUUCAGAAAAACAGGAAUGGAGAAAGAAAUUUUAAAAGAUUAUUUCAGUAUCAUGCACCAAGAAUUUCUGAGAGACAGUCAGACCCACCUCAAAACAUCCUAUGAUCGAGUGCAAACCUUUGAUCCUCUGUCCUUCCUUACCAACUCCCCAAAACACCACCAUCACAUCCAGGACAUUUUCUGCAAGAUGUCCCUCGUGGAAGGAAGAGGACACCUCCAACAGAGGCGAGACAUCGACACUUGCGACGUGCUGACGGUGACGCGCCGCGCGGGACAGAAUCCACAGCCGUCCACAUCCUCAUCGGCCACGCCGCCCACGCACGGCGCCAAGCCACAGCUCAUCCUGAUCAGGGGCGUGGCAGGAAGCGGCAAAACGACCCUGCUCACCUUCCUUGUCUCAGAGUGGCUUCAGGAGCCCGGCGCCUGCACCAUCAAACACCUGGACGAGUACGACAUCGUGGUGCGUGUCUUGUGCCGCGAUAAUGAAGGCCCAUCUCUCCAGAACUUCCUCAAAGUGAUCCUCCCAAACCAUUUUGCUGUGAUGGACGAACACCUCAUCCCCCUCCUACAACAAAGCAAAGUUCUCUUCCUGAUUGACGGCCUGGACGAACUGUCGCCAGGCACUCCAUCACACAGCCUUGUGAAGGACAUCCUCUACAUAUCGAAAUACUCGCCAGGCUUCACACUCGUCUGCACAUCGCGUCCCGAAACAGUGCAAGACUUCCUGGCCAAAUUACCUGAUGGUUAUGAGGUGUGGGACAUGGAGAUGAAAAGUGUUAGCCAUGAACAAAGAAUUCAUUUUGUCAUGAAGCAUUACAACAGCUUCCCAGACAAGGGGGACAAAGACCCUGAGAGGCUUGAGUACCUCAUGAAACACAUUGGCUGGAAGGAUUACCUCGGCCUGCCAUUAAAUCUAUUGUUCGUGGCAACACUUUUCUACAUCGAUCAAGACAAGAUCAAGAUCACCACCACCCAGACCAGCCUGUACGUCACCAUUCGAGACUGGUGCAUAGAAAAACUGCAGGGCAGACUCACAGAUGAUCCACGAGACACAAAGACCCGCGAGGUCCACAUCUACAAGGUAUUGGAAGACCUAUAUGACGUGUCUAUGCAGGCUAUUCUAGAAGCCCGACUCAAUCUGUCAAAACAGGAAGAGCAGAAGCUAAUUUGUUCCUGUCAUGAGAAAGGAUUACCCAGCAAGGAAGUCAUCCCAGCGUUUUUCAAUCUUCAAGAAACCAGUGACAGGCUGGGGCAUCAUCAGACGUACGCAGCCCCACACAAGAGCCUACAGGAAUUCUACGGUGCAUCAGCAAUCGUCCACAAGCUGGUGGAGGGCUCACACUCAGAAAACAUACGACGCAUGCUUCACGACCCGCCGCGCCAACAGCUCCGGAACUUGAGGAACCUGCUCCAGUACGUGGCAUGUCUCUUCUGCCACCCACAAACACCACGUCGAGUUUCAGACAUACGACGCAUGCUUCACUUCCCGCCGCCAGAACAGCUCCGGAACUUGAGGAACCUGCUGCUGCACGUGGCAGGUCUCCUCUGCCACCCUAACACACCACUUUGUGCUGCAGCCAUACAAGAGGUGGUGGACCUGCUGGCGGAGACUGGUGUGGAAGACUGUGAUGAUUGGCUGUCCAUGCUGGAGGACACUGAAGUGAACAGGACUGCCUUGGAUUGUGUUGUCAGACACAUUACAAGUGAUGAGAGUGAGAGGGUAACAAUAACAGACAGCACCAUCACCAGUGCCAGGGCCCUCCUCCCCCUCAUCCCCUCCAAGGAGGUAUGGAUAAAGCUAAGCAGGAAGGAAUCAGACGUGCAGGGGCUCAUCUUUGAACACCACAAAUACACUGAGCUGCACCUGGACCACCAAUACAAGCAUCCAGACCAAGCCACUCUCUGUGACUCCUUGCUGCGUGCCAUGCCCAGGAGUCACCUUCAGUUGUUCUCGGGUCACCUAAGUGGUGCCGGCACACAGCUGCUGCAGGAGUGCCGGGGGCCUGGAGGUGCUCAGCCUGGCCGUGUGUGACCAAGACGCCCAAGAGGUUCUGGCCGCCAUCAGCGCCGU